GAAUUGUGAGUCAUAUCGCUAUACAGUGCACGUGAGAACUCGCGGCAAACUUCUGUUCACUCGGUCAUAUGAUUUUGUGGAAAAGGGCGAGUCUGAAGGAGCAGUUUGACACAUCGGUCUUUCGUUCGGACAUAUUUGAGGAGAUUCUCGUCGCAAAAUGAAGGGGUGUCUAUUCAACAUCGACGGCGGCUACCUGGAGGGUUUAUGCCGUGGUUUCAAAUGUGGUAUACUUCAACAGAGUGAUUACUUGAACCUAGUUCAAUGCGAAACACUCGAAGAUUUGAAACUACACUUGGCUGGUACAGACUACGGCAGCUUCUUGGCCAAUGAGCCAUCUCCGCUUUCUGUCAGCGUGAUCGAUGACAAAUUGAGGGAAAAAUUGGUUGUAGAGUUUCAACAUAUGCGCAAUCACUCCGUGGAGCCUCUGUCUCAAUUUUUGGAUUUCAUUACUUACAGUUAUAUGAUUGACAAUAUUAUUUUGUUAAUUACCGGUACCUUGCAUCAACGGCCUAUUUCUGAGUUGAUUCCAAAGUGUCAUCCGCUUGGCAGCUUUGAACAGAUGGAAGCAAUUCACGUUGCUGCUACACCCGCAGAGUUGUACAAUGCUGUACUAGUAGAUACACCUUUGGCACCUUUCUUCGUGGAUUGCAUUUCUGAGCAAGACUUGGAUGAGAUGAACAUUGAGAUAAUAAGAAACACCCUUUAUAAGGCUUAUCUGGAAGCAUUUUAUAAAUUCUGCAAAGAUCUUGGCGGUACAACUGCAGACACUAUGUGUGAAAUACUUGCCUUUGAAGCAGAUAGAAGAGCGAUCAUUAUAACCAUUAAUUCAUUUGGCACUGAAUUGGGUAAAGAUGAUCGUGCAAAAUUAUAUCCGCGUUGUGGACGUUUGAAUCCAGAUGGAUUGGCUGCCUUAGCAAGAGCCGAUGAUUAUGAACAAGUAAAGGCAGUAGCAGAAUAUUAUGCUGAAUACAGCGCCUUAUUUGAAGGAGCAGGUAAUAAUCCUGGUGAUAAGACCUUGGAAGACAAGUUCUUUGAACACGAGGUUCGUUUAAACGUCCAUGCAUUCCUUCAACAAUUUCAUUUUGGAGUAUUCUAUAGCUACUUGAAAUUGAAGGAACAAGAGUGUCGUAAUAUCGUAUGGAUUGCGGAAUGCGUUGCUCAAAAGCAUCGUGCUAAAAUAGAUAAUUAUAUCCCCAUAUUUUAAACCAAUUAUUUUAAACAUAUUAAACUCGAUUACUUAUAUUUACUUUUCCAACGAUAAUCCAAUUGUCUUUCACAUAGCACAAAAUUAUGGAGUAAUAGUCUAAUUGUUAUCAGAAAGGCUUUUGGAAGUUGUUUGUGGAAUAAUAUUGCCACAAAAAUUGAUUUUAGUAAAUGAAGAUAUGUGCAAAUAUAUAUUGAUCGAAUAUUGAUAGGCUGCAUACAUGCAUUAAGAAUUAUAAUUUAGAAUUGUUACAGAAGUUUAGGUGAAGCAACAAAAUCUGUAUGUGUACAUAAUGUAAUGUAUGUGUAUCUUAUUGUAAUCUUCAAUGUAAAUCAUUUUCAUGUAU